AUGGGUGCAACCGGCGCCAUCCUUCCCUACGUAGAGAAAGCCUAUGGCCUGAACUAUGCUCAAGUGUCUGCCCUUUUCAUCUGCCAGUUCAUCGGAUAUAUCGGUGCAGCCUUCAGCGUCGGCCCUGUCUCCCGAAGAAUAGGUCAUGGUCCAACGCUCAUCUUAGCCGUGACCCUUGGGAUCGUUGGCAGCGUCCUGAAUGCAGCGCAGCAAGUCAGCUUUGUGCCAAUGUGCCUUGGCUUUCUCUUGUUUGGUUUCGGGUUUGCGGCUGAGCUGAGCUUGUUCAACGCCUAUUUCGCAUUACUGUCGAAGCCGUUGAUCUAUACUGGCUUUCUUCACGGCGUAUUCGGACUGGGCGCCUUCGCAAGUCCCCUAGUCGCGACUGCUAUGGUAACGAGAGGAGCUCCCUAUCACUUUUUCUACAUGACAUGCCUUGGCAUGAGUGUACCGACAUUGGCCCUUGCGUGGUUCUCGUUCAGGAAACUCAGGUCCCUCCCGCAAAGGCCGGCAGAUAUCAUAUCCACCGGUCAGCGACAUGGCCUACGCGAGGCUUUGAAUAGCCGUGCAGUGUGGACCCUCGCGCUUUUCAUGAUGUUCUACGUAGGAGCUGAAGAAUCCAUUGGUGGAUGGAUUGUGUCAUUCGUUUUAAAUGUCCGUCACGGCUCCCCGCACAGCGCGUCAUGGGUAGCAAGCUCCUUCUACCUCGGGAUCGCCAUCGGCAGAAUGGUGUUACCAAGCUUGAACGUCGUCAUGGGCGAACGGCGCGCGGUGUUCAUCUACCUAUCUCUGGCGAUCGCGUUAGAAGCCGUGGGCUGGGCAGUACCCAUCUACUCAUCUACAGCCGUCGCAACCGCACUCGUCGGUGUGGCGAUCUCCACUUUCUACACGGCGGGCAUCGUCAUGGGCUCGUACCUCAUCCCGAGCCGGUUGCACGCCGACGCGUUCUCGCUCAUGUCAAGCAUCGGCCAGUCGGGGAGUGCUUUCUUCCCCUUGAUUAUUGGUAUUAUAGCCACGAAGAAAGGAAUUUGGGUUGUUGAGCCCUUCGUCGUCGCUUUGUUCUGCGCGUCCGGAGUGAUGUGGUUCCUGGCGCCGCGCAAAACUUUGAAUUAG